CAUUUCAAAGUUUUCUAUCAAGGUAGUAAUGAAAUAGAAAUAUUUCCCUUAGCAAAUCGUUAUUGCCAUGAAAUGUCGUUUCGGGGUAGAGUUUUGGGCAUAGCCGAGGUGUUGCUAAGGGUGCCACCCCUAUUUGUCAUCGAUGAGAUUUUGAAACUUGGAUUAGGAAUAAAUGUAUAUCAGGAAUUCAAUCAGGAUGAUUUAACAUAUUUUGUUGAUAAACUGGAAAAUGUUGAAAGUACAGUCACCAAUUCCACAGCGAGCGUUUCUUUGGAUGCGAGGACUUACAAAAUUGUUAUAAUAUUAGUAGCACGAUUUGUACUGAGCAUUUUAGUGUGUCUAUCAGCAUUAUGCGUCUUCGUACUGAACACCAAGCAUCUGACCAUAGUAUACCUCUACCUUAUAUCCGUAGGCUUAGUAAUAUUUUCCUACUGGACAAAUGUAAACACUGUCAAUACAGUUAUAGUCAAUGCGGACCAGAAGAACAGCUCUUUCGAUUUUUUAGAGUUCUUCCACAACUUCAGCCUGCAACAUAUAUUAGAAGAAAGAGGAUGGAUGUAUCAAGUUGUAGAGAACUACAUCGCCCAAACCAUAAUGGCAUUUUUGUUUAUUAACAUACAUUUAGGACCAAGAUAUUCGACAGUACAGAAACUUUUGCCAGCAUCCUUUUUAAUACCUUCAGUUUUAUGUAUUUUACCAAUCUCCAAUUCCUUAUUGUACCAUAUGCCUAUUAUCUCUGCAUUUCUACCUCUAGCAUUGACUACGGUGGUGCUUUGGUCUUCUACAAUAGCUAUUUUUCAAUCAAUUUACUCAGGCUAUGUCCAAGCAAAAACCUUUGUUUCUCAUUUUGGUGUGUCCGCUUUAGUGGAAAAUGAAUGGUUACGAUUAAAUGUUCCUCAAGUGCUGCGCAAUUUUUGGGUACUGAGAACCCUAGAAUACACUGUACUUUUCUUCUUUUCUGGGUACUGGAGCCUUGACGAUGAACACACACCUCAAUACCGACUGCUUAAGUUCUUAUUGGUUACCGGGUGUGAGACUUUGACAUCCGUUUUAGGUCUUACUAGUGUUGUCUCUUUUAUCUGCAAUUACAUAGGGAAAUUCUUUCAAUGGAUUUUAUUGACUGAAGAUGAAAACGACAAAAACUUUGGCACAGUAUCAGCAAUAGUGUUUUAUAUUUUGGCACUACAGACUGGACUUACAAGUUUGGAGCCAGAUGUACGAUUUGUCAGGUUAUGUCGCAAUUUUUGCCUGUUAUUUACAGCCCUCUUGCACUUCACUCACAAUAUUCUUAAUCCAUUGUUAAUGAGUUUAAGUGCCUCACACAAUCCUUCAAUCAAACGACAUGUACAUGCUUUGUUAGUGUGCGCGGUACUUGUUACACUCUCCUUCAGUUUGAUGUAUUUAUUGUGGACAACUCAAGAAACUUCCACAUGGCUUUUGGCCGUAACUGCUUUUAGUAUUGAAGUUAUUGUUAAAGUUUUUGUCUCCCUCUCCAUAUACUGUUUAUUUUUAUAUGAUGCCAAACGUGAGACAUUCUGGGAAAAAUUGGAUGACUACAUUUAUUAUAUAAGAUCAUUUGGAAGCACAAUUGAGUUUUGUUUUGGCAUAUUCCUAUUCUUUAAUGGAGCAUGGAUUCUCUUAUUUGAGAGUGGUAGCGCAAUUAGGGCAGUAAUGAUGUGCAUCCAUGCCUACUUCAAUAUUUGGUGUGAUGCUAAAGCCGGUUGGUCAGUAUUCAUGAAACGUAGGACUGCCGUAAACAAAAUUGAAAGCUUGGCAGAGGCUGAUAGGGAGCAACUGCAAAGUCUUGAUGAUGUCUGUGCUAUUUGCUACCAAGAGAUGCAUAGCGCAAAGAUAACAAAAUGUAAACACUUUUUCCAUGGCGUGUGUCUCAGAAAAUGGUUGUAUGUCCAGGACAGGUGUCCCCUAUGCCAUGAGAUUCUACAUCUUGUGAACAGUGAAGAGAAGAAGGACGCAGAACCUAUAAGGUUAGAAAAUGAGUUCAACCACAGGUGAUAAAAAUAU